AUGAGCUCCGCCCAAACGCAAGGUACCAGUGGCGUCGUCCGCGGUGGUCGGAUAAAUAAGACCGACCAAACACGUCGUAGUUGGUCGAGUAGAGAGGAGGAGGUUCUUUUGGUGGUGUUGAAAGAGUUAGUUGUGCAAGGUUGGAAAUCCGACAAUGGAUUUCGUGCGGGUUACUUGAAUAAAUUAGAGGAGGCAAUGAAAAAAGAUUUUCCACAGACCGAUUUGAAAGCUAUGCCACACAUAAAUUCAAAAACAACGACGUGGAAGAAGAAUUACAACUCGUUAUGUGGCAUGUUGGAGGUUACUGGCGUCGGCUUCAACUUGGAUGGCAAGCACAUGAUCGAUUGCACUAAUGAGCAAUGGGAACAUAUUAUGAAGAAAGAUAACAAUGCACGUACUAUGAGAAAAAAAAGUUGGCCCUACUUGGAACAAUGGAGUGAGAUUUUCGGAAAGGAUAAGGCCACCGGAGAUGUCGCGGAAGAUCUAAUGGAGGCAGCACGCCAAACGUAUCACAAUAUCGAUCUCACCCAAACUGUAGAAGUCAAGGGUGAUUGCAAUUUUUCGCUAGAUGAUCUUAAUGAAAGCGGACAUAUUGAUGACAGUGUUAGCCAAACACACAAACCCGAAGCUGGAGUACGUGUACCGAGCAAGAAAAGAAAGAAUGGUGGCGGGGCCGAUAGGAUGUUCGAGGCGAUGAUCGAGAUCAGUCAUAGUACGAACGGUAGACUUGACACAAUUGCAGGCAGAAUGGGCUAUGAUUUUGAUGUUUCCAAGGCGAGGAAAGACGUCUUUGCUCAACUUGGAUUAAUCAAUGGCUUGUCCAAAAGGGAGAAGUUCGAGGUUGCUGAUUUACUUGUAAAAGAAACCGAGCGCCUAGAUUUGUUUAGUAGUCUAUCGGUUGAAAAAAAGAUGGAUUACGUUCACUACCUCAUUGAGGAGAAGUUGAAGUAG